CUGCCCAUAUCUACCUCACAAACUUCCAUGCCACUCCCCAAACACGGUGACCCGUCGCCAUCGCGUUCGGCCUCCGGCAGGUUACGUGAUCUUCAUCUCACCCGCAAGCCAUUGCACAUCCCUUACAGCGAGUUCGAACCGUACAAAGCGGACAUGAGAAAGCGCGUGGAGCUGACCAGGUCGGGCGGGCUGGACGGACUCCUCAGUAUUCACAUCAUGUCCGGGCAAGGCCUGAAAUCUUCCAAAACCAGUUUGCGAGACCUCUAUUGUGUGGUGGCCGUCGACUCGCUGAACAAAGCUCGGACCAUGAUCAGGACCGGGGCCAUCAACUUUGACUGGGACGAAGCGUUCGACAUCGAUCUGGAGGACUCGAAAGAAGUUAGUUUUCUCAUCUACCACUGGGACCCCAACUACAAGCACCGGCUCUGUUUUCACGGAUCCAUCCUUCUUCCCAGCUACGUCCAGAGCGGCCACAAGAGGUACGUGGCCAUCAAACUGGAACCUAAAGGAAUAUUGUUUGUGGCUCUCCUCUACAAAGAGCCGGCGAUUUCUUUACAGCGUUUACCUUCUAUCAAGAAAAACGCCCUGUUUGGGGCGGAGCUAGAGACGAUAAUUCUAAGGGAGAGUUCUGGGUUGAAUGUGCCCCUGCUGGUUCACAAAUGUGUUCUGGAGGUCGAGAGGCGUGGCUUGGAGACUGUAGGGAUUUACAGAUUGUGCGGCAGUGCGCGGAGAAAAACGAUGCUGAGGGAGGCCUUCGAGACCAAUGCCCAGGCUGUUGACCUAUCACCGGAGAAUGUCUCAGACAUACAUGUUAUUACAGGUAACUAGUAACAAUACUUCUGGGGAACCACAGUUUGCUUUAUUAACAUAUAAGUUAAAGGCUAAAACCGAGGACGGCUGCCACGGAGUCAUUUUGUGUGUUUAUUAUAGUUGCAGUGAAUUAGGGUUUAGUUUAGGUCAGGUUGAGGGAUUGAUAUAGGGUUCAGGUUAGGCAUAUCGAUCGAUUUAGAGAUACAUUCGUGAAAUUCGAUAAAAUAGUGGCAGUCGGCCCCAUUGUUUACCAAGUUAAAUUCCAAUAUGUUUUUUUAAAUAUAUAGGCUAAGUAAUCACUUUAAAUUUUUUUUUAAAAAUUAAUGAUCGCAUAGAAUAAAGAAGUGCUUGCUUGUCACCUGUAGCUUAGGAUUAUUUAGUAAAUUUCAAACAUGGUGUUACUAUAACUAUAAUUAUUAGAAAACAAAAUAAUAAGGUUAACACAUUCAACAACAAAAAUUAAAGUUAGAACCCACAUUUGAUCAAAUGCAAUUAUUUAGUUUAAGAUUUAGAUCUGUGUAAUUUUAGAUACUGAUAGCCAAUGAAAUUGAUAUAUUAGUACAUGUGGCCAAGUAUCUAUAGCCAAUGAAAUUGAUAUUUUAGUACAAGUGGCCAGGAAAAUACUGGCAUACACAAUACAAUUAAUUAACAGUAAUGCUAGUUAUAUGUAAAUUUUAAAAAAAGAAAAUUUGAAAGAUCUUAUCAGGUAAUAUUUUUUUCUAAUUCAAUGCAAUAAUUAAAUAACUUUUAACAUUUUUUUUUAACCUUCUGGGAUUAUUUUGAAUUUUAUCUCAUUGAAAUAUGGUCAUAAUUAAGCCUUUUCCAUCUUUUUGUUAGUUUUUUCUUUUUUUCUUGUUCCCUCUCUUUCUACUUCUUAUUAAAUAUUAUUAUUAUUUUUUUAAAGUGUAGUUUUCUUUUGCUAUAACUUAGGUGUACUAAAGGACUACCUGCGAGAAUUGCCAGAGCCCUUGUUCACUAAUGCCCUCUAUCAGAUGCUCUUGGAUGCUUUAAGCGUACGGCUGCCAUGUGACCCUGAAGGCAGUGCCAAACUCAUGCUCAGUAUUUUAGAGUGCCUUCCAUCUGCCAAUCAGGUUCAAGACAUAUAUAUUAAUUUUUUAAAAUUAAAUAAUUAUAUACCAGUAGCCUACAUUCUGUGCUUCAAAUCUGGGAUGUGGUGUAUGAGAAAUAAUAGAAUGAGAUUCUAAUUCCCGCCAAUGCUAUCUUGGAUAUAAUUUUCAUUUUUCAGAUAAUGACAUUAUGAGCUCUAACAAAUAUUUGACAUUCUUUCCAUAUUUUUUGCACUCCUAAGUUAAAGCAGGAAAAGCGCAUGUAAAGGUUUUUAAUUUACAAGCCAACCCCUUAGAAAGUUAUAUUCCCCUUUGCAUUCUGGGAAGUAAUUUAAUUCACAUUCUGGGUGGGGUGGGUGGUAGGCAGUGUUUUCUGGGAGCUCUGCUUUUCAGCUGGGUGGGUUGUGGCAUUCAAUGUUCAGAGGGCCACAAUGAAGACAGCAGCAAUUUAAGUAUCCUAUCCAGCUUGGGCUUGAGUUAUUAAAAGAAAGAUUGCUGUGACUCUAAAUAUAUAAACUUAUUUAAAUAAUUAAUUAUCAUUUUUACAAAAUCUCUUUCAUUUCCUUCUCAUAUCUAUCACAGAGGCCAUUAUACAUAAAUAAACAUAUGCUUUUGUGAAAGAAAAUAACUCAUUUUUUAUAUCUUUUCCCUCAGGACACCAUGGCACUGCUCCUGAAUCAUCUGCGUAGAGUAGCUGCACACAGUGAUAAAAACAAGAUGCCUAUUGAUAACCUGGCUAUAUGUUUUGGACCUGUACUUCUUUGCCCAGCUCCUAGCUCAACACCUGAUCCUUUAUUGGAUUUCAGAAAGCAUAUCGAGGUGCUUAGAUAUCUACUUGAGAUAUGGGACUAUGAAGGUAGCAACAGUAAGUAUACAAUGUAG